AUGCGCAGGGUAGAAAGGGUAGUAAGACCACGUGUUAGACCCGCCUCCGAAGGCGUGAGCUGCUGGCCUGAAGCCCAUUAGCCAUUGGAGGAAUAGGAAAAAAAAAAAAAAAAUCUACUUGGGAAUCCAACUGGCCAAUGGAAAGCGCGGAAGAAACAAGGUGGGCAGGACUGCGUGGUUUCCUUGGAUACCCGGGACGCGACUACUUUGAUAGAGGGUGGAGCUCUGGAGUGAGACCCUGGAGGCCCUAAUCCACGGAGAAAUAUAGGAACUAAAUAAGGAUCAGGACCAAGUUAAGGGAAUUGUGAAAAAUGGAAGACAGUACCACAGACACAGAACCAGAAGAGGAAGAGGAAAAAGAUGAAAAGGAUCAAGAGAACCCCGUUUAUGCCAUAGCACCCACAAUUAACAUCCAAGAUGAACGGUUGGUUGAUUUAUCUACAACUCCAGCUUUCAUUUGUCUGCACGAGUUACAUGCUAUGGGAAAACUUCCUGGAACCAGAAUGGCAGAGUUAAAAGCGAAGUACACCUUGCUACAUGAUACCGUGAUAAGCACACAGGAGUCAGAGGUCCAGCUGCUCCAGGAUGCCAAACGUUUCACCAAGCAAAUACAACAGCAGCAAUUUCACCUGCAGCAAGCUGAUAAUUUUCCUGAGGCAUUCACCACUGAGGUCUCUAAAAUGAGAGAACAACUUCUCAAGUAUCAAAAUGAAUAUAAUGCAGUGAAGGAAAGAGAGUUCCAUAAUCAGUACAGAUUAAAUAGCUUAACAGAAGAAAAAAACCUCAUAAUAAAGGAAUUUGAGAAGAUACCUAAGCCAGGAGAAAUGGAGAAGAAGAUGAGAAUAUUGAGAGAAAGCACUGAAGAAUUACGUAAGGAAACAAUGCAAAAGAAAUUAGAAAUUAAAAAUUUACGGGAAGAUUUGGCAUCUAAGCAAAAGCAAUUACUGAAGGAGCAGAAGGAACUAGAAGAACUGUUGGAAUAUCAGGUCAACCUAAAGGAUGAAGUGGUCCACCAUCAAGCUGUUCCUGUACAAAUUGGAAAAGAGAUAGAAAAAACAACACGCAAAAAAGUAGAAAUGGAAAAGAAAAAAAUUGUCUUAGAAUAUGAACUUGAAGAGCUAAAUGACUUCCUAAAGAAAGUUGAAACCAAAAUUAAUUCCAUAAUGGAAGAGAAGGAGGAUGUAAUAAAGGAAGUUGAAGGCAAACGAGCCUUACUUGAAAUAAAAGAACGAGAAUAUAACCAAUUGGUCAAGCUGUCGGAAUUGACCAGAGAGAAUGAAGCAACUUCACUGACUGAAAGAGGAAUCCUGGAUCUCAAUUUACGAAACUGUCUCAUUGACAAGCAGAACUACCAUGAUGAACUUUCUCGUAAGCAAAGAGAAAAAGAACGAGAUUUUCGAAAUUUAAGAAAGAUGGAGCUACUCUUGAAAGUGUCCUGCGAUGCACUCACUCAAACUCAAGCACUGCAUCAAAGGCUUCUAUUAGAGAUUGAAGCUAUCCCUAAAGAUGAUUCUACAUUAUCUGAGAGAAGGAGAGAACUCCACAAGGAAGUUGAAGUGGCUAAGAGGAAUUUGGCUCAACAGAAAAUCCUAUCAGAAGCUGAGUCCAAGUUAGUGGAACAGCAACUUGCAGAAGAAAACAAGCUUUUAAAGGAGCAGGAAAACAUGCGAGAACUUGCCUUCAACCUUGUCCGUAUGACUCAAAUCAAAAUUGAUGAGAAGGAGCAAAAAUCCAAGGAUUUCCUGAAAGCUCAGCAAAAAUAUACCAAUAUUGUUAAGGAGAUCAAAGCAAAGGAUCUUGAAAUCAGGAUACACAAGAAGAAAAAACGUGAAAUUCAUCGGAGACUCAGAGAGUUUGCUAAACUGUAUGACACUGUUCGAAAUGAGAGAAACAAAUUUGUUAACUUACUUCACAAAGCUCACCAGAAAGUAAAUGAAAUAAAAGAAAGGCAUAAAAUGUCAUUAAAUGAACUGGAAAUUUUAAGAAAUAGUGCAGUUACUCAAGAAAGAAAGUUACAAAAUUCCAUGCUGAAACUUGCCAACAAUGUUACCAUCAGAGAAAGCAUGCAAAAUGACGUGUGCAAAAUCGUAGCAAAACUUCAGGCAAUGAAGGAGAAGAAGGAAGUCCAGUUAAAUAACAUCGACAGACUUGCCAAUAUGAUCACAGUGAUUGAAGAGGAGAUGGUGCAACUUCGCAAGAGAUACGAAAAAGCCGUUCAGCAUCGAAAUGAAAGUGGCGUUCAGCUGAUAGAACGGGAAGAGGAAGUGUGCAUCUUCUAUGAAAAAAUAAACAUCCAAGAAAAGAUGAAGCUAAAUGGAGAAAUUGAAAUACAUGUCCUGGAAGAAAAGAUCCGAUUCCUUAAACUGAAGAUUGCCGAGAAGCAAAGACAGAUUCAUGUGACCCAGAAAUUACUGCCAACCAAGAAGGCCCUGGAUGCCGACUUAGCAGUGCUCCAGAUUCAGUUUUCACAGUGCACAGACAGAAUAAGAGACCUGGAGAAACAGCUUAUAAAUCCUGAGGGUGAGAACAGAACCCGCUUCAUUCCAGGGAAAGAUAUGACCCAAGAAGAAAUGAUCAAAAAAUUAGAUUCGCUGGAACUACAGCUGGCCAAGAAGGAGGAGAAGUUACUGGAGAAGGACUUCAUCUAUGAACAGGUCUCCCGGCUCACAGACAGGCUCUGCAGCAAAACUCAGGCCUGCAAACAGGACACUCUGCUCUUAGCCAAGAAGAUGAACGGCUACCGGAAAAAGAUCAAAGAUGCCACGGAAAAAAUGAUGGCUCUUGUUGCUGAGCUUUCCAUGAAACAGGCUCUGGCCAUUGAACUCCAAAAGGAAGUCAUGGAUAAAGAAGAUUUCAUCUUCUCCUGCAAUUCCAGGAUAGAAAAGGGUCUGCCACUCAAUAAAGACAUUGAAAGAGAAUGGCUGAAGGUACUUCGAGAUGAAGAAAUAUAUGCUUUGGCCAUCGCUGAAAAAUCUCAGGAGUUCUUGGCGGCAGAUAUUCGCCAGCUACCCAACGGUGUUUACACAACUGCAGAGCCACGUCCAAAUGCCUAUAUCCCAGAGGCAGAGGCCGCUCUUCCCUUGCCAAAACCAUAUGGCGCUUUGGCUCCUUUUAAGCCCAGUGAACCUGGGGCCAAUAUGAGGCACAUAAGAAAACCUGUUAUAAAGCCAAUUGAAAUCUGAGUAUGUGAACCAAUCCAGGCUUCUCAACGAGAGACACUUGAAUCAGGUUUCCUCAUAUCCACAGCUGGAAAAUAUCAGCAUAAGAGUUCUAACGUACAAAUUAUUGCAAAAUAUUGCAAUUGACCACCAGUGGAGAACAACAUGGCUUCCUUUAACACUCAUCAACUACUAUAUUUUACAUGAUGUUAAGUAGGACACAGAAUUGUCCUACAGUUAUGGCAAGGCAUAUAUCUGUAGUGUUUAUUUUUUUUCUUUUUCACUCUAUAUAUUGACUACCUUUCAGAAAUGUAUAGUCCAGGGGCUAUAAAAAUGCAAGAAAAAUAAAUCAAAUUUCAGUGACGUACAGAAAUUGGCAAAGUGGUCUCUGUUUAUUAAAGAAGAAGAAAAUGGGGUGCCAGGGUGGCUCAGUAGGUUAAGCAUCUGACUUUCGGUUCAAGUCAUGAUCUUGCAGUUCAUGGGUUUGAGCCCCGCGUUGGCUCUGUGCUGAUAGCUCAGAGCCUGGAGCCCGCUUCAGAUUCUGUGACUCCCUUGCUCUCUACCCCUCCCCUACAUGUACUCUGUCUCUGUCUCUCUCUCUCAAAAACAGACAUUUAAAAAAAUUUAAAGAAGAAAAACACAAAUACUAUUCAAUAUAUUCACUUGAAAGGGAAAGACAGAAUGAUUGUUUAAAAAGGAAAACAUCCCAAAUAACACAGGGGUAUAAUUCACUUUGUUAAAUAGUUGUAUUUGAAAUUAUUGUGGUAAAUGUAAAUCAAAUAAAAAGCAGUAAGGAGACUUGUCCUUUUUAAAGUAUAUUAUGGUAAUUCUUUUUACAAAUAAAGAAUCCUUUUGCUAUAAAAAUUUAUCUUAUAAAUCUAGAUUUUUUACAAUGUUAUAUAUAAAUAAACCUGUGAUUAUUUUAAGUUCUGACUCCAGAUUCUUAAAAAUUCCAAGGAAAACAUUUAUAGCUUUGCAUGUGACAGAACUGAAAAUGAGGCCAAUUCCACUUAUUUCAUUACUCUAAUUUUAUUGCAUUUCACCUACGUAUAUUUUCCUAAUUCCGUUUUUAUAUUUUCUCAUGUAUGAAAAUACACAAGUAAAUUUGAAAACUGAUUUCACUUCAUAUAUUCAAGCUGUAUUUCAUAUUGGUAUCAGGUAUGGAUUUUGUGUCAUAAUUCUGGGAGUAAGAAAUACCACUUUUUCCUCUCCCCUCCUCUCCCCACCUCUCCCCUCCCCUCCCCUUCCUUCCUUCCUUCCUUCUUCCUUUCUCUCUCUACCCCCCUCCCUCCCUCCUUCCAUCCCUCCUUCCUUCAUUUGAUUUUUGCUAAAUCAAACAAAAUAUUUUGCAAACCCACAUCCUGCCAGACCGGAAGGAAAUUUAAUCUCAUUCUCAGCCUACAAGUCAGUCCUGAAUCUAACUGGAUGGUUUGGAAAGUUAUUAAGAAGUAAAGUGUCUAUGAUAAGUAACACUGUGUGGUUAACACGAAGAAAUACUGUAUACUUAAACACAAAUCCUGUGUUGUAGGAAUUAGUAAUUGCAUUAGGGAUCCAAAAAAUAUACAUGUAGGAACAAUAUAAGAAUGGAAACAUAAUUUGUAACACAAAGGGAUGGAUGUUUAAAUAUUACAGGUGUGCUACUGGCUAAGAGGGGGAGGGUGCCACUGUGUGUUGGAAUGGCCAGGGAUCACAGUCAGAUGGAACUUUUUAUCUGGCACUUAAACAUAAUUAAGAUUUUAAUAAGUGAGGAGGGGAUUCCAAGUGGGGGGAAAAGCCUAAGCAAAGUUUGGAAGUAAGAAGACAAAAGCUGAAUUCAAGGCCCAGCGAACUGGCCCGGCUAGAACAGCAUGUUCACAUUGGGGAAUUGUGUAAGAGCCACAAGGAGUUUGGAUCCUAUCCUGUAAUGAAUGGCAAAUCAUUGAAAGGCUAGGAGCAGGACCAGUUUCAGCGUAAGUCUGAGGAAUCAGACUUUAGAAAGACACCAAAACGCAAGUGUGAAAAAGAAAAGGGUAGGGAGUGAAAACCAAUGACCUUCUCAAGAGAAAAAAAAGUCUAACAUGCUGACAAGGCCCCCAGAUUUGCAGCCUCUGUGAUGAUUAAAUAUGUGACCAAAAAGGGAAAUUCUGUAGUGGAGGACAAUAUUUGGAACACAACUAUGAUUUCAGAAAAGAAGUUGAAUUAUGACACCAGCUAGUGAUAAUUAUAAUCGUUAAAAUUUCACAAGAUCACUGCAGGAAACAGGGUGAAGAGAAAAAAAGCAAAGGGUAGACUGACCCCGGGCAAGCAACUACCAUUAUAGAUCAGAAUGUAGUCACUGUAAGAGAGAGAGGGAAGAAAAAAGAGAAAUAGGAGAACUAGUUAGGUGUCAUGGGGGCCUCUGAGGGAACAUACUCACAGACUCAUGAUUCCUGGCUGGGAUACAAAGGCCAUGUUGAGAAAAUGAAAGAGGCCAAAACCUUCAGUGUUUCUUAUUUUAAUGGCAAGAUAUUACUAAAUCAAACUUUUAUAAAUACAAAAAAAAAAAGAACUUUAACAUAUACAUACAGUUCCAUCCGAACCAUUAUAAAAACAAAUCCUACUCUAAAUACUGGAUGUACACACUGCCGUAUGUUACAAAUUAUUCUAUUCUAGAAAUAGCAGAUUUGACCUGGUCCAAAUUCAGCUCUUUAAAAAGUAUCCUCUUUCCAAAUACAGUUCUUAUGUAACAUUUAAUUUUUCUGCUUGUCCUAUGUUGUUUUCAACGACACAUCUAGUUUCUGUUUUUCUACACACUGUUCCCUACAUUUUUUUAAAGCAUAUUUUAUUUCAGAGUGCAACAGAAACUAGCUUUUGGCCUAGAAGCCAUUAGGAAGGUAAGCCACUAGGGAAGAGCAUCACUGAUGACACUGUGUGCCUCCUGGGACUGUCGGUCACUGACCUCUUGUCUGCUGUCCAAAACUGGGAUGAGGCACAGCAGUUUGAUUCUGUCUCAACAAGUACCAGACUGAAAGUCAGACGGCUUGACAAUGCAUUCUGACUUUGGUUACCAAUUUUAAAUAUUGGUCAAGGAUUCCUGACAGAGGUCAAGCUAAUGAGCAAGAUUAAACUAUUGGAGGCGGGUAUAAUUGCAUUCUCUCUUUUACAAGCCUAAAAGCAUCAUGGUGUGUUUCAGAGCUGCUUCCUCUACAAAUUUUGCAUCCACAUUGUCAUGUCCUUCAAAAGCAUACAGGGCUGGGAAAAAAACAAAAAGAGAGAGAGAGAAAGAGAGAGAGGAGAAAAGAGUUACUAUGAAGCCAUGGAACUUCUAUAACAUUGUGCUCGCAGCUCAUUGAAAUUGUAAUUCUUUUAUAUUUUGGUAAUACACAUUAUUCUGAAAAUGUGUGGUUAAAAUUUAUCAAACCUCAGCCCUAAGCAAGGUCAUCUGCAGCAACCAAAUGGGUUUUGAAUCUCUUAAAUCCUUUUAAAACCUCAAAGGUGAUUAUCCCUUUGGUAAUUUACUCUAAGAACUAAAUUGUACAUUACAAACUAAGACCAACUGCAGAAAGGACUAAGUUGUAAGUAAGGGGUAUUCUGGAAAGAAAAGGCUACACAGAAAUGAAUAGGGACUGAUGUGUCAAGAGAACAGCAGGGAAAUGCUAAGAGUGGAGGAGUGAAAUUACCUUGAUUGGAGGAUUCUAUGUCUGUCAGUAUUUCAACGAAGUAGUUCAGAGGCAGAAAUUCCACACUGAAUGACGACUUGUGAAUCACGGAACUUGGGGGCUAAAAGAGAAACCACUUCUGGUAUCAGUUGAAUCUCCCCAACAUGCACAAACUUACAAAAAGGGCACAGAAUGACAAUUGCUGCCUAUAUGGAUACAUUGAAGUGGGCACACAGGCUCCAAAGAACAUUUAGUGGGGCUGUGCUUUCCCACGGACUCACCUUUUUCUUAUAGUUCUGCAGCAGUCUCUUCACGUGGUUCCGGGAAAUAAUGUUAGAGCUCAUAGGAUGAUCCCAAAGUCGACAGAUCUUCUGACCAAUAAGCUUUUAUGCAAAUUGAAAAAUAUGUAGAGGGGGAGUUUUAGGGCAGUGGAAACGCUGUAUGAUACUAUAAUGAUGAACCCAUUGCAUCAUACACUUGUCCAAACUCACAGAAUGAACAACACCAAGAGUGAACCCUAAUGUUAACUAUGGACUUUGGGUGAUUGUGAUGUGUCAGUUAGGUUCAUCAGUUGUAACAAAUGGACCCCUCUGGUGGGGGAUGUUGAUAAUGAGGGAGGCUAUGCGCAUGUAGGGGCAGGGGGCAUAUGGUGAAUCUCUGCACCUUCCACUCAAUUUUCCUGUGAACCUAAAACUACUCUAAAAAAAUUAAGUCAAUAAUAACAAUAAAAGAACGGAAAAAAUAUAGAGAGGAGAAUAUAGCUUACAGUGCAUUAAGUAAAUGUAGCUUGUAUCUAUUUAUAAUUUUAAAAGAAUGGGGGUGCCUGGGUGGCUCAGUUGGUUAAGCGGCCGACUUCGGCUCAGGUCAUGAUCUCGCGGUCCGUGAGUUCGAGCCCCGCGUCGGGCUCUGUGCUGACAGCUCAGAGCCUGGAGUCUGUUUCAGAUUCUGUGUCUCCCUCUCUCUGACCCUCCCCCGUUCAUGCUUUGUCUCUCUCUGUCUCAAAAAUAAAUAAACGUUAAAAAAAAUUUUUUUUAAAUAAUAA